UCAGGAUCCUUGAGAGUGGAAGCGGAUGAACUUCCGCUUGGGCUGCAGCGCGCCGUUCACACCGGGAGGAUGAACAACCCGAAACAUAGCCCCCGAUUCCAGAAGCCCAGAGGACGCACGAGGAUCAUACAAUGCAUCUACGUGGUGGGCUUCAUGGACUUGUUUGGCGUGAGCAUGAUCAUACCGCUGCUGAGCCAUCACGUGAAGGGCCUCGGAGCGAGCCCCACCGUGGCCGGUGUCGUCGGCUCUACGUACGGGAUGCUGCAGCUCUUCUCAAGCACGAUCGUCGGGAGCUGGAGUGACGUGGUGGGCCGCCGGUACUCCCUGCUGACCUGCCUGCUGCUGAGCGCCGUCGGCUACGGCCUGCUCGGCAUGUCCACCAGCAUCACUUUGUUCGUGCUCGCACGGAUCCCCGUGGGGCUGUUCAAGCACUCCCUGUCCAUCUGCAGAGCGCUGCUGUCUGACCUGGUGUCUGAGUCGGAGCGCCCUCUGGUCAUGGGACACUUCAACGCAGCCUCCAGCGUUGGCUUCAUCCUGGGUCCCAUGGUGGGCGGCUACCUCACGGAGCACGAAGGAGGCUUUUACACUUCCUGCUUUACCUGUGCCGUCAUCUUCCUCACCAAUGCAGGGCUUGUGUGGAUGCUACCAUGGGCCGAGACGUUAAUUCGCCAUGAGGGCACGGACUCCGGCAACGACGCAAGCAAAGGUUGUCAUGACAACGACCGCAGCGAGUUUGUUCCCAAUGGCUCUCAUGCAAAUAGUCACCACCCGGUGUUGGCAGCAGAGACGGACUCCAGAGCUCCGGGGAAGCACCGAGGUCACCUCAGGUGGUGGGAGGUGUCCCUGCUGCAGCCUGCCUGGAGACAGCUGUCCUCAGUGGGCUCCAAGAUCUACAUGGUGGCCUCCUCGGACAUGUGGGACCUCUUCCUCAUGCGUCUCCUGAUGGCUUUAGCUAUCAUUCUCUACCACAGUAACUUCUCUCUGGCGAUGGAGGAGCGUUUCUCACUUAAACCAAAGGUGACGGGCUAUCUGAUCAGCUACAGCAGUACCUUAGGGGCCCUGGCUGGCUUCCUGGUGGGGCCCGUCACCCGGCUGUAUGGGAACAACAUGCCUGCGCUGCUGCUCCACUCCACAGUUCUCACCUGCGGACUCAUUUUCCUGUACGCCGCCGCGCCCAGCGUGUCGCAGGUGGUGCUCAGCUCCACCUUCUUUGCCAUUUCCACCACUAUCGGACGGACAUGCAUCACAGACAUGGAGCUGCACAGGGGAGGGGUCCAGGCCAGCGGGACUCUGAUCGGAGCCGGGCAGUCAGUUACAGCGGUCGGUCGAGUCCUGGCCCCUCUCCUCUCCGGUCUGGCCCAGGAGUUCAGCCCUUGUGGGCCCCCCAGUCUGGGAGUGGUCUUAGCUCUUGCAGCUGUAGGUCUGAUGCUCAUUCGGAUCCCCAAAUGGGACAGGAAAGGGAUGACGAAAGAAAGCAAAACUCUUGACUGACUGGUUGAAUUUGCAAUCCUUCCAAAAUCUACCCCACUGCUCUUAUUUUGAAGGCAGCCCAGUGUGAAGUUGUGUGAAGACAAACAGCCGGCUCGCAGCGGGGAGGAUAUUGUUCUGCUCGAAUACCUCUGGCGGUCGUAUCUGCAGGUGCAACAUCAUCACAGGGUCCAGGUGGCUCUUCACCACCAGCGCUGCAGCAGAGCUCUCAGGAGAAGAGGUUUCAAAACUCAAGCAAACAUUGAGGUGAAGUUCUAGCUGAGAAGUCUAAUCUGCUUCCCCCGUGCUGAAGUUUGACGCCAACAGAAAGGUGAUGGCCUUGGGACCGCUUGGAAACAAUGCACACUUGAAUUGUAUUUCUUUUUUUUUUUAACCACUGACAUUGUACAACAUCCUGGUUGGAGUUACUGUGAACCUGCUGAUGAUACACUAAAGUUCAAAAUAACUUAUUCUGAUUCAAAGGGUUACCUUGCAGGCGGUAACGCUUAGUUCAUAAAUGAGCUGAGCCAAAGUAGGUCACGUUGUUGUUGUUGUUUAGGAGAAGGCAAGUUAGCCGUAAUUAGUUUGAAACAUUUUACCUCAAUGCCAGUCGUUUCUAUUAAUGCACUACAUCCAAAAUGGUUCCUACGGUGGUAUAUGACUAAAUGUUUGUUCUUAAUUUUUACUUUUUAAAAAAAAAAUUCUUAGGAUAUGUUUAAUUUCUUUUUGUAACAAAACAACAACAAAAAAGGGGGGGGACGGGACGACAUAUGCUGAUUUUCAGGCUCACACAUGUAUCUUUGGUUUCUACUGGAAUAUUUUUUACAAGCUGUCUUGUUCAAAACACAUUAUUGUUGUCACAUUGUCAGUCUUAAUCAUCAUCAUCCUCUGUCCAUAAAGUGAAAAUAUAUAAAUAUUCUUCUGAUCACGCAUGUGACAUAGGAAGGGGAUCCUUAAAAACAUUUAAAUGAUCCAUCUGUAUAACAGUAAAUACUGAGCUUCACUGGCUUAGAGUGAGACUUGUAUAGAUUAUCUGUUAAUCCAUAAAGUACAUGCCAGAUUCAUGGCAAAAAUACAAUGUUUGUAUGCGAGUCUUGAGUUGUAAAUGACACAUGAAUGUUUCAUUUAACUCCGUCUUAUAAACUGAACUUACUUCCCAUCUCCUU